AGAAUUUUGGCCGGGAAUUUCUACUGUUUUUCCCUUUCGUGCGGCGGUCGGUUCAGUAGUAUAGCCAGUCACGUGACGGCGUGCCGUCGUCCGACCACGCGCCAUCCAUUUCCACUGGUCUUGUGGGGCCGUCAUGGCGUCUGUCAUCAAAGACACGGGCGAGAUCUGGGGCAGAUUGUUCGAUCAUCGUCCGUUCGUCCAGGGAGAGGUCACGUUCUUCUUGCGAGAGUUUCAGGAAAAAAGGUCCGAUAGAGAAGUAGAACGCCUGUUUAAGAUACUCGAGUAUGCAACAGAAUUGAAGGAGAAUCAGUUGGAUCGUAUUGAACAACUAGGCGAUUGUCACCUACCCAGCCUCAAAGCAAACGUGGAUGUCGCCCUGAGUAUGUGCAAUCGCGUUUUACAGAGAGAGGAAAAUUUUGAUAGCGAUAGUGUUUUGAGCAAAAACAGAUUACUUAGGAAAAAGGAGUGGGAGAGAUUCAUAAAUGAUAUGAGCGACAAGUGUCAGAAGGUGGACCAGACAUUUGAGGAGAAGGAAAACGAAAUACAAGAGUUCUAUGUUGACUUGGAAAAGAAAUUGCAUAUUACGCCAUAAGAAUAACGAUAUAAUUGUGCAGUCUAUUUGUCUGUGCAUUGCUUAUCUUAGGAUCAACGUUUAAUAUAAAGAUCUAAUUAUUUUCUUAAGGUAGAGAGAAAAAAA